AAUCGAUUUCCAUCUUCUGAUAUCGGCUAUCAAACUUGCUUAUCAGAUUUGUUUUGUUUGUUUAUUUAUUUUUUAAAUAGCAUGAUAAAUCUUUAGUCAUGACUCCACAACUUUUAGAUGGCCAUCACUAUGUGGAAAGUGCACGUGUUUACAUGAAGAGAGACUCCUCCAUUCUGAUCAAAUGCUGCCUCUGCAAUGCGGACACUUUUGCCGGUGGCAAGUGGGAGGAUUUCACAAGACACCUGUUGCAAGGACAUGGAGAACUCCACCAGUCAGAUCCAGAUAUGGAUGAGAUCCAGGACGAGGUACAGAUAGAGCUGAGCAACCUCUUAGAGGCGGGCAUUGGUCAAGAAACCCAGUUGGCAGAAGAGCAGGAGGAGGAAGUGUUCACCGAUGUGGAGUUCCUUGAUGAGGAGGAGGAAACGGGGGAUCCUAUUAGCUCAUCGGAGAAAGAACAGGAUCAGGAAGAACAUGAGGGGAGCAUCCACCAAGUUUACAUUCUAAAUAAACCAAAUAAGCCCUUCUACAGUUUGCAGCGCACCAGUCCCGAGAUCAUUCAGUAUUUCAUAGAGCUCCUGCGCCGGCACCAGCAUCUCUGGAGCAGCCACCAUGGGAUCAACAAAAAAAUUCGCUUGGAGAGCUCUAAAAAAGUGGCACAGGCGCUGUCCCAUCGAUUUGGGUUCCAUUUGGAGGCUAAGGUGGUAAAUGCCAGUGUUCGAUUUCUGCAACUCUGGUUUGAACGACAGUACGUAAUGCAAUUGAGCAACUCGGGCUUUCGAUGUCGCUAUCCAAAGUACUUCCACAGCCUUCUGAGAUUCAUGCCCACCAGCCAUAUCUCGGUGACCAUUUGCGAGGAGUGCGACCGGCGUUGCCUCAACGAGCGCCAACUGCGACUGCACAAGUUCCGAGUGCAUGGAGGACCCAAUCCGAAUACAUGCCAUGUGUGCCACCAGGGCUUUCCGCUCGCCUCGAAGCUGGAGCAGCACAAGGCGCGCUACCACUUUAAGCCGCUGGAGUGGCAGUGCAGCCAAUGCGACUACAAUGCGCCUUCCAAGUGGGACUUUCAGCAGCAUCAGGCCAUGCACGCCGGACAGAGGAACUACACCUGCGAGGUGUGCGGGCACACCUGCAAGACCAGCUCCGCCUUGGCAGUCCACCGUCGAACGCACGACCAGCCACGACUACCAUGUCCCCAAUGCAACCGGCGAUUCCGAGAGAACUACACCUUGAAGUGCCACAUCCGUAAAAUCCACGAGGGCGACAGCGCGUGGAGGUUCUUUUGUAGCAUUUGCUCGCGAAGAUUUCAAGCUAAGGAAAUGCUGAAGCUGCAUGAGUUGGUCCACUCCCAGAGGGAAGAAAAGGAGUCGGAGGACACUGAAGAUCCGGAGGAACUAAAUACAACUUUUAAUUAAGUACUUUUUUGGAAACUGAUAAGAACAAAUUUAACAGCACAACUUUUUUUAAGACUGAAUCUUACAUGGUAAUAACAAUAGUUAUAAAAUGAAUUAUAACUUAACUGUUUUACUUUUUUUAAUAUGUUUCUUACCUACGUAUAUAUUUCAUUGAGUGACUGUCGAAUUAAGAAAUAAAAACAAACUGGGCCUUAC